CUCUCUUGUGGCUAUCCUUGCUCCAUGGUGUUUGAGAUUGGUUUUGAGUGUUUGGCAGGUUAAAUUUAGCCUAUUGAUGUAAGCUGCAUUCCAUUCACAACAGACACAGAGACACACUCACAGUUUGGCUUUAGUGUCCAGGAGUGUGAAGAUCAGGGAAGAUCAAACUACCUACUGUAGGUUGACCCCUGAGCCUCUGUGUCUCCCCUUCAAGGAUACAGGUCGCACAAUAGGGACACCUUCACAGAAGCGUGUGUUUCCAACUUUGCCAAAGCCACAAUGUCACAAUUCUGUACAAUGCCAACUGGAGAGAGGAAGAAGUGUGCAGCAGCUAUUUGCCGAGAGGUCCAUGGUACCAAUGGGGACGUAAUGGAUCUCGGAAAGAAGCACAGCACUCCUAAAGACAUUAUGUUGGAGGAGUUGUCAUUGCUUUCCAACAGAGGUUCCCGGCUUUUCAAAAUGCGCCAGAGGAGAUCUGAAAAAUAUACAUUUGAAAGUAUCCAGAAUGAGGCAAACGCACAUCUGAAUAAUGAUAUUUUAUCUAAGAAUACACACACUGUGGAAAUUAAAGUGGAUGCACCGACUGAUGGCAACACUGCUAAUCCAGAAAUCACUGUUUCAGACAUGACUGGACAGAACGCCACAGCUAUGCCCAAGUCCUACCACUCUCCAUGGGAUCAGGCAAUCCUCAGUGACCCUGACCUCGCAGAAACUCUCAAACUGACAAUGUCAGCACAAGACCCACAACCAGACCUUCCUGAGUACAAAAGCUUUAACCGGGUUGCAACUCCUUUUGGUGGCUUUGACAAAGCUCCCAGAGGAAUCACAUUCAAGCUCCCCGAGGUGGACCUGAACCCGCCCAUGUACCCAGAGCUGCAGCAGCCGGGGAUAAAGCGGCCCACUUUCAACAGGACGGCCCAGGGGUGGAUAUCUGAGGGCACCCAUUUUAUCCUACCCACUGUUACCCUGGAGCCCAAAAAUAUUCCAGAGUCUGAUGACCUGUAGGCGGUCUUAUUGUGUAAUAUCUGGCAACAUAAUGUUGGCUGUAGUAUUUUCGCCCCACCUGUGAUGACAGCAAAACAGUCACUUCGUAGCACAGUCACAGUUUCCCACCCCCCAUUUAAUGGACAGAAAAUGUUUCAUGCAUUUGUCGACUAGUUUGUUUGAUUUAAAACUAAACUGUACUCAAAGAAAACCAUGUAAAUAGCAGAAGGAAUGUGCUAUACAUAACUCAAGAAAUCAGCAUUUCCACUGAUGCUGAAAGCAAAACUGUAAAUUUUAUAAAUGUUCAGAUGAAUUGAUGAAUAUAUAAUGUAAAUAAAGAUUGCAACUUAUUUAUUAAUGGAACACAUGGAACAAAUAAACGUAUGAUGUGCGUUGCUAUUGAUUUAUCAUCAUAUAGAAAGAUCAAAUCUCAAUUAUUUUAAACA